AUGGCGCCCAGACGAAACGCGCAGUCGACCGCUGCCGAGCUGUCUCUGGUGCAUCUCAAGAACUGCCUCGUCAACCUCCCUGCUUCAUUGGUGAACUUGCUCGUCAAUGUCAACACUCCCGCCCAGAAUGUCGUCGUCGAACUCACAUACCGACCGUCUCCCUCCAGCGCGCAGACCGGCGGAGCGCCCAAGGAGCAGUCCGUCUUCGUAGGAUGGACGGGGAUGCCGAGCAAGAGGAGGGCCGCGCAGCUGGUAGGCCGGGACGGACUGGCCAGCUCGCGCGGCUCAGCGCGGGAUCAGGAGGUCCAGCUGGUCGAGAUCGACGCGACCUUUGCAAACACGCUCGGCCUGACGGACGGCGAAAGGGUCAUGGCCACGGUCCACGUCGACCCUCCGCUGGCUCACACCAUCAACAUCGAGCCGCUGACGCCCGAGGACUGGGAGAUUAUCGAGCUGCAUGCGACCUUCCUCGAGCUCAACCUGCAGUCCCAGAUACGCGCGCUUCCCAACCCGGCGUAUACCCCUGCUGGCGGCGCUCCGGUCCCGGCACAUCCAUUGACGCUGCAUCUGUCACCGACUUCGACGGCCGUUAUCAAGAUCACGUCCCUCGAGCCCGCGCCGGCGGCUGACGUGGCCUUUGUCAAGCUCUCGCCCAACGCCGAAGUCAUUGUCGCGCCGAAAACGAGAGCCAAGACGUCACAGAGCAGUGGCGACCACCGAAGCGUCGCGAGCACAUCGAAAUCCAAGAGGAGCGGAGCCAGCACCAUCCGGAGGCGGAGCGCCAGGGAGGAGAAGAGGCCGUCCUUGUUGCUCCGCGCCAUUGAUCGCGCCGCCUGCAACGAAUGGUUUGACGAGGGCAUUGCGGAGCCCGGUCUCUGCGUCUGGGUGGACCGCGACUACGUCCUGACCAACGAGUUCAGGGGCGUCAAUUAUGUCGUGGUGGAUGUUCUCAAGCCGGCGGGACUGCAGAAACCACAGCCCGAGGACGCAGCUGCUGCGGCGGCGAGCAAUGCGUCUUCCAAGAUUGUCGCGAAGCUGAAGCCGUGGGACGAUCCGCCCAACGGCCAGGCUGCGGCAUUGUCAGCGCCAUUGUGUGCUGCGCUUGGGUGUACGGGCAUCGUUGGAGGCAUCGUCAAGAUUCAGGCUGCGCCCCAGCCUCUGCCCCGGGGGGCGGUUCAGCAGAUCAAAGUGUUCCCUUUUGCGGCUGGCUCUAAAGUAGGCGAGGGUUUGCGAUUCGGCAUUGAGACGAAGGCGGAAAAGGAGGAGUCUACGAAGCGAUUCAGACACAUUUACUCUGGGCCCAAGGGAUCUGAGGGCCUCCUACAAGGGCCCAUAACUGACGGUCUUGUUGUUGAUCUGUACGACGGGCUGGAGGCUCCGCAAGGAUGGGAAGGGGGCAUCAUCAAGUUCGAGUACAGUUCAGAUGUCGCGUCACAGGAGCAGAACAAGGACGCGGCUCUGUGGAUGGCCGGCGUGGAUGCGAAGGUGCCCAUUGACUUCCAGCAGCCAGUACCGCGACCGCCCUGGACCUCCGAGACGGACAUAUUCGAGUUGCAGCCGUCACACGAUUCACUGCUCGUCGGCAUCGACACGCUGCUCGCAAACCUCCAGUCACAUCUCGCUCACAUGUCCUCGGUCCUGCUGACGGGCACAAAGGGCUCCGGCAAGACGUCUGUGGCCAGGUAUCUUGCCAGCCGGCUGCGCGAGGAGGCUCUCUUCUACACAAUCUACUUUUCGUGCCGCAAACUGGUCACAGACGAGGCGAGAAUAUCAACUAUCAAGGAAACUCUUAACCGCAUAUUCAUGUUGGCCAGCUGGGGCGCAAGGCUGGGUGGCAAGGCUCUUGUUGUUCUUGACGAUCUGGACAAGCUCAGCCCGGUAGAGACUGAGCUGCAGGUUGGAAACGACAAUGGCCGAAGUCGUCAAGUCAGCGAAACGAUUCGAUCUGUUGUGCGGCAGUACUGCAGCAAGGAGAGCGGCGUCACAUUGCUGGCAACGGCAGAGGGCAAAGAUACUCUGAACAGCGUCGUUGUCAGUGGCCACGUCGUCCGCGAGAUCAUCGAGCUCAAGGCCCCAGAUAAGGAUGGCCGGCGGAAGAUUAUGGAGGCCAUCGUGAAGCAGAAUGCGAUCGCUCAGGACGAGGCAUCAGGGCAGCCUGUCGAUGGCAGUCGGCCAGUAACCGCCAACGGCACGGAAACCUCCGAAGAAGCGAGCGACUGGCUUCACGGCAAUGACUCGCUUGCCAACGGCCAUGAAGACGGCGCUCCUGGCAAGACAGGCGGCUUCAUACUGGAUCAGGACCUCGAUUUCCUCGACAUUGCCGGCCAGACUGACGGCUAUCUGCCCGGUGACCUGACAGUUCUCAUUGCCAGAGCACGGAACGAAGCCAUUAUCCGAUCCAUCAACCUGACGCCCGACGACACCAUCGGAGCUGUGCAUCUCAGCCGCGUGGACUUCGACAAGGCCAUCAAGGGGUUCACGCCGGCAUCGUUGCGCAACGUAUCCCUACAGAGCUCGACAACGACAUUCAAGUCCAUUGGCGGUCUGCAGGAGACAAGACAGGUCCUCCUCGAGACGCUGCAGUACCCGACAAAAUACGCACCCAUCUUCUCGCAGUGCCCCCUGCGUCUACGAUCCGGCCUUCUCCUCUACGGCUUCCCUGGCUGCGGCAAAACGCUCCUGGCCAGCGCCGUCGCGGGAGAAUGCGGCCUCAACUUCAUCAGCGUCAAGGGUCCCGAGAUUCUCAACAAGUACAUUGGUGCGUCCGAAAAGAGCGUGCGCGACCUCUUUGACCGGGCCUCGGCGGCAAAGCCCUGCGUGCUAUUCUUUGACGAGUUCGACUCCAUCGCGCCCAAGCGUGGGCACGACUCUACGGGCGUGACGGACCGUGUGGUGAACCAGCUGCUCACGCAGAUGGACGGUGCCGAGGGCCUGUCAGGGGUGUACGUCCUGGCGGCCACGUCGCGGCCUGACCUCAUCGACCCGGCGCUGCUGCGUCCUGGCCGGUUGGACAAGUCGCUGCUGUGCGAUCUGCCGUCACUGGAGGACCGCGUCGACAUUAUUAAGGCGAUGCUGCAAAAGGUCCGGCUGUCGAGCGAGCUGACGGAGUCGGACGAGGCGCUGACGUCGAUUGCGCUCAAGACGGAGGGAUACUCGGGUGCUGAUCUGCAGGCGCUGGUGUCCAACGCGCAGCUGGAGGCCAUUCACGAUGUCCUGGGUGACAUGAACAACAACCCCAACACGAGCAGUUCGACGUCUGCAUCCCGACGCGGAAAGGACGGCAAGGGCGCUUCCGCGACGAGCUUCACGCAGUUUCGCUACGGCGUGGACGAGGAGGCCGCUCCCGAAGCAGCAGCCAAGAGCCGCUCUGCCGCGCUCGUCGAAAACGCCGCGAUCCUGUCCAAGCUGGAGCAGAUCAAGAUGGCGCGCCGCAAAGCCAAGGAAGCGCGCCGAGGCGGUGCUGGCGGCGCGGACGAUGCGGAGGGUAAGGGGGCGGCGGCGGCCGAUCAGCGCGAGGUCGUGGUGGGCUGGUCUCAUCUGACCAAGGCGCUGGAGAGCACGCGGGCGAGUAUCGGCAAGGACGAGAAGGCGCGGCUGCAGAAGAUUUAUCACGAGUUUGUGGUGGGACGGAGCGGGCAGAUGAAGGAUGGGCAGGGGAGUAUGGAGAUUGGGGGGCGGAGUAGCUUGAUGUGA